UUCCAAAACUAUUUGGAUUGGAGGGUUUAAAAGGAGGAGGAGACUUUGGGAGCAGGGCAUCUACUUCUCUUUACUUUCUCACUCUCCAUUUUCUUCCUCUCUAGGGUUUCUACUGCCUCUCUCUCAGAUUCGAAUAUGAGCCGACACCCUGAAGUGAAGUGGGCUGAAAGGGAGGACAAGAUCUAUCUCACAGUGCUUCUGGCAGAUGCGAAAGACCCUAAGGUCAAUGUUGACCCUGAUGGUACAUUUACAUUUUCUGCCGCUGCUGGGACUGACAGUAACCUCUAUGAACUCAAGUUGGAGCUUCUUGAUAAGAUCAAUGCAGAGGAGUGCAAGAUAAACAUAGGUGUGCGCAGUAUUGUCUGUGUAUUGGAGAAAGCUGAGAAGAAAUGGUGGACAAAGUUGUUGCGUGGAAAUGAGAAGACACCUCACUACGUGAAAGUAGAUUGGGAUAAAUGGGUAGAUGAAGAUGAUGAUGGUGCUGGUGCACCAUCAGACUUAGAUUUAGGUGGUAUGGAUUUCUCGAAAUUUGGUGAUAUGGGUGGCAUGGGAGGCAUGGGAGGCAUGGGGGGCAUGGGUGGAAUGGGUGGCAUGGAUAUGAGCGCCUUGGCUGGAAUGGGUGGCAUGGGUGGAAUGGGUGGCUUCGGAGAUGAUGCUAUGGGAAAUGACUUUGAAGACAGUGACGAUGAAGAGGUGACAAAACCAGAGGGGGAGGCAGUUCCCAAGGCAGAAGCAGAAACAUUGAAGGAUAAAGCAGAACCCUUGCCGAGCUCAUGAAUGAGGAUGUGAUACAGACUGCAUAUGUUUUCUGCUUGGGUUCCCAACUUUUAUUUAGUGAUAUGUUGCGUAGGUGUGCUUUCUGUGAGAGUAAUGGCUUCUUUGCCUGAAUUUUUAUACUACUGAACCAAUUUUAUUUUAUUGCACUCUCGGGGCAGAUUAAUAUUUUCAUCCAA